AUGGAAGUCGACGAGCAAGGAAAGAAAUUCGAAAUCGUCAAAAUCGAAACUGAAGCUCAAACCUCAGAUCCGUCCGAGCAAAGAAUCAAAAUCGUCUUCAAAGCAAAUGAGAAAGAAAUUUUUCUGCGAAAUUUGAAACAUCAAGUCAAGGACAGCCAAAUUAUCGUCAUUGGAAAUUCGGGAUGUGAAGCGACUGUAGAACCGGAUAGAAAUCAGUCCAGCAGAUCUAUUAUUCGAAUAAAGUUCAAAAAUAUUCCCUCCGAAGAAAUCACGAUCGAAUUCUAUUGCCUCUGUGCGAAUUUCAACAACGUCAAAAACCUCUUCGACUCCAUCGAAGACCAUGAUUCAACGAAGAUCGAUUUCAAAUCUAAAGAUAUGUACCUGAAAGCGUGGCCAACUCAUCGUCCAGAUUUGUACAUACGAAAGAAACCGAAACCGAAUCAAGUGGAGAUAUCGAUCAAAGUGAUGAGGAAGAUUUCAACUGGGCAAGGCAUGCGGCAUCAGGAAGGGCAGAGCCCAGUUACUGUCAUCGCCGACAAAGACUUCACCCUUCACCACAUUCUCGAAUACGUCCGACACAAGAACGAGAACUCAACUCCGCGCGACAAGUUUAUCUGGGGAACACCCAAAAAUCGCGGGCAGCAGUACGAAACAAGCAUAAAACUGGGCGAUCUCGUUGUCAAAACUGGCGGUACUCCUUUUGUAAUGAUGCCACCGCAGCAAACUCUUCAAUCGCGGUCUCCAAUGACUGGCAAUCCAGCUGGAAAUAUGCAAGCGAAUAAUCUCCCCUUCAACCCAACUGGCUACGCUCUUGUGUCCGAUCACGCGACUCCCAGACAGCGUCAAGAGACGAUCGAAUACUUUAAUAAUCAGCCAUAUUUUAAUCCGGAAGAGGCCCAAAAUCAACAGCUGAGUAUGGCUGGAAAUCGACUCCGCCACAUUGCUAUUUUCCACAGAAAUUUUCGAGCUGCGCUUGUCCAGUGCGUCAAUAAUGCAAGACCUGAAGAAAGAACCAGAUAUAAUGAUCCAGAACGAAUGACCCCAGUUACGCCCCAAGCGAAAGAUCUCGGUCAAGAAAUCCGCCUCCUCGCCGACGACAUCAGAACUUUCGGCCUCGAGCUGAUCCGACUUGGCGCAGAAUUCCACCGAGACCCGAAUUUCCAAGGCGACGAAGAGGGAAAAGAAAAGUUUCGCCGUCUCAUUCAGAACAAUAUGGAUGCAGCUCGAUAUCUUCAUCCUCUUUUGACGAAUUUAACGAACAUCACCAUUCCUCUUCCUCACGAUCCACCGCGAUAUUUGAGUGUCUAUCACCCGAGAUAA